AUGAAGAAGACAUCUGAUGAACCUUAAAAAAUUAAUGGAGUUUAUGAGGAAGAAGAAUCUGUUCACAAAAAAUUUAUUAGACGGGUUGAAUAAAACAGUGCCUUUAAUAUUAGAAAUUUAUAAAACAAUGAAUCAAGUUAGUAAGAAGAUUAGCAAUCUGAUUUUUAAGAUGAUUAAAAUAAAAAAUUAAAAUAUGAGAUUACUUGUAAAGUAUUCUGGUAGUUAGUCGAAUAUUAUUUGGUUAUUUAUACACUUACCUUUAAUUCAUCCUUAAUGUAAAAUUUGGCUAACGAAGUCGAUGCAGUCGAAAUUAAAUGUUUUUUACUUUGGAUAAUUAUGAUAAUUUUUAACAUCUUUUACUAAUUGUUCCAGAUAAAUUUAUUUAUAUUGGAGAAAAUUCUUCAAUAAAGCACAUUAUUGAUAAUCUUUUAUGGUUUAAUAAAACUUGGAACAACAAAAAGCUCAUGUAAAUUAUUAUAAUAAAUUAGAUCUCAUUGUAGCAGUUAGUGGAAGUUGUUUCCUUAUUUUAUAUCUAAUUACUUGUUGGUUGUUAAAAUACGUUAAUUUAACUAAUCUAUUUGUACGAAUAUUUAUAGUAUUAGUUUAAAUUUAAGAAUCUUAUAUAUUUUGUUUAGAUAUUAUUUUAUCCAAUUCUUUAUGGAUGGAGAUUGACAUUAUCUUAUCAUCAACUUUAAUUAUUUCAUAUAAUACACUCAUAUUUUUUAGGAUUGAUAAAUAUCAAAAUGAGAAAAUCAUUGGACUUACAGAAUAUUUUAUUUCUUUUUUAACUCAAGAGCUUAUAAAGAUAACAAUUUUGAUAAGUAUAAUUUUGAGUGAGUCAAAAAUUAUUGAAUGA